AUGUCAAACAACGAGAACGGAGGUCUCUUGGGCGGUCUCCUUGGAGGAGUCGAUGAUGUCCUCACUGGCGGCGAACAGGCCCAAGGCAAGGGCGGUCUCCUAGGAGGCGUCGUGGGUGCUGUUGGUUCCACCACCCAAGGGCUCGGCAACGCUCUUGGUCAAACUACGGCAGGUGUUGGGCAGGCAGUUGGAGAUGUUGGAAAUACCGUGGGCGGAACUGUCAGCAAUGUGACUGGAAAUGAUCAAAGGUACAAGAAGAGCGGCAUCUAA